AUAUAUUAGGAUAUACAACACAUACUUGAAGAAAACUUUUUGGUUCCAUAAAACACCAGUCUCCUAUGGCAAACAGAGUCUCAGUUAUCAAUCCUUCGUAUUGUGUUCCUCACCCUGUCAGUAUACAAAUUAAUACUGAGAAAGGAGUCGCUUACAAUGAGAAGGAUGAUCGUCUCUUCUAUAUUAAUGAUAUCCUUUUCUCACUUCACGACCGUCGUGUCUUAUAUGAUUAUUCAAACAAACCCAUCGUCACUUUUUAUAAUAAGUCUUCAAAAGUAUGCAAAGUUUUCAAGGGUGAAAGCAGUGAUUCAUCUCAAUUUCUAUUUCGGGUGAAGAAAAUGAAGAAAUCGUCAACGAUUCCAUCUGGGAUUACUAAACUAAACGUGUUCCUUGCAAACAACCAAGACGAAGAGAAAAGUGACUUUAGAGUGAUCAUUUAUGAAAGUAAACGGUCGUGCAGUGUUUAUGCAGGGGAAUCUUCUACCAUUGUAGCUCAAAUGGAGAAUAAUGGUGGCUUCAAUGUCAUGGUCAAUCCUAACGUGGACUACGCAUUCAUAGUGGCACUACUUAUGAUUGUUAAGGAUACGGAAUCUUCUUAUACUGAAGAAAUGGAUGCUGUUAGUGCCAUACGAAUGAUUUCAAGCAUUUUGUCGCUUGGAUAAGAGAAUCUAAGAAAAAGUGAGGAAAUAAUAUUUCAAGUGUACGUAUAGAUGUCCCUUGUGUUAUAUAUUAUAUAAAAAGAUAUAAAA